AUGGAGAAGAACUAUUGGCUGCUGAAAACAGAGCCCGGCGAGUGGUCGUGGGACGACCAGGCUGCCAACAGUGGUGUCUCUAAAUGGGACGGCGUCAAGAACAAGCAGGCACAGAAGUACAUGAAGCGCAUGCGCGUGGGGGACCUCUGCUUCUUCUACCACUCCGGCGCCAUGUCCCGCCGCGUGGUCGGCGUCGUCGAGGUGGCGCGCGUCUGGUACGGCAACGAGGGCGACGGCGCGGUGGACGUGAGGGCGGUGGGGGAGAUGAAAACCGCUGUCGGCCUGGCGGAGAUGAAGAGGGAGCUCACUGGGGCGGAGUUCCUGCUUCUCAGGCAGCCGAGGCUGUCGGUUUUGCCGGUGGAGAAAGAGAUUUGGGAGAGGAUUUGCGAGAUGGGCGGCGGUUAUGAGGUCGUGAAAGGUGUUUGA